CAUCGCAUAGUUCCUACUAGUAUUACAUAUAUAUAGAGAGAGAGGACCCGGUGAUUCGUUUCGAUUUCAAGUUCGAGUUCCAUAUCGAGUUCGAGCUACUCUACUCCAAUGGCGGAAGAUCUCGUCUUGGACACGGCAAUCAGAGAUUGGGUUUUGAUCCCUCUCUCUGUCGUCAUGGUUCUGAUUGGAAUUCUUCGCUACUUCGUCUCCAAGCUUAUGCGAUCUUAUCAGUCGCCUGAUGCCAAGGUCGUCAAAGAAGGACAGGUCGUUAUUAGGGCCAGGAGUUUACGAGCAGCUGCAAAUUUUAUACCACUGAAGUCGUUUCGUGCUCGAAGGGCGUAUUUCAGUAAUGAGGAGAAUGGUCUGUUAUAUGUACCCAAGGGCCAGGUGCCAAAUGCACAAGCACAAAUGUUCUCUGAUCCUAACAUGGCCAUGGAUAUGAUGAAGAAAAACCUUUCAAUGAUAAUACCCCAGACUCUUACUUUUGCGUGGGUCAACUUUUUCUUCUCUGGAUUUGUAGCAGCAAAGAUACCCUUUCCACUGACUCAGAGAUUUAGAUCAAUGUUACAAAAUGGAAUUGACCUCAGCACAGUUGAUGUUAGCUAUGUCAGCAGCCGUUCAUGGUACUUUCUCAAUUUAUUUGGGCUAAGAGGUCUAUUCAGCCUCAUUUUGGGAGAAGAAAAUGCUACUGAUGACACACAGAGAAUGAUGCAAAUGAGUGGAUUUGGAUUUGACCCUACAAAGAGCUUGAGUGCAGAGAAAGACAGUCUAGACAUAGUUCAACAUGAGUGGGCUCUCCCAAAGUUCGAGCAGCGUGCUGAAGAGGUCUUGAGAAGACUUGUCAGCUGAGCAGUGCUACAUUAACUCGUUGCCUGCUCAAGAGGGAUAUAGUCUAUUAUUCCCUUUGUUUUCUUGAUUAAGCUCCCAAAAAGUUGAUGGAUGUUGUUAUACUUCUAGAACUGUUACAGGAAAGCAAACUGAUCAUUCUCACUCGAAUCCUCUUUGGUUAAAUUAAUAUUAACAAUCAUGUUAUCCCAUUGUAUUCUUUUCAUCCUGCGUUUGUAUCGGAACUAGCUUUGAUUCAUUUAUUUUCCACCGAAGAAAGCAUGGAAUUUUGAUA